UUGUUUUUUUUUUUUUACGCUAAUCUUGUAAAUACCCUUUUCCUCUUACAUACAUUAUUACUCCUGAAUGUUUCAAUUAUCUUGCGUGUUCUAAUUGAGAAAAGAAAUAUUGGGAUUUUCUUGUUUGGUUUCAAUUUUUGGUCAAUCUCAACAUAGAGCCAUGGUUAAUUUUUGUAAGAAAUCCAUGGUUCUGUUCCUUUUGGUGGCUAAUUUUUUAAUAUUUUGUUGUAGUGCAACUAGGCUUGAGAAAUUUGAUCACCCCACUAAAGGUAAUGGCAAUUUAAGAUUCUUGGUUGUUGGUGAUUGGGGACGUAAAGGUGAAUAUAAUCAAUCUGCUGUUGCUCUUCAGAUGGGAAGAAUUGGAGAGGAACUAGACAUAGACUUUGUAGUUUCAACAGGAGACAACUUUUAUGAUAAUGGGCUAACAGGGGAGGAUGAUCCAAAUUUUCUAGAAUCUUUUACCAAUGUUUAUAGAGAAAAGAGCUUGCAAAAGCAAUGGUAUUCAGUAUUAGGUAACCAUGAUUACAGGGGAGAUGUAGUAGCUCAACUUAGUCCUUACCUUAGGAAAAUUGACAGCAGAUGGAUUUGUUUGCGUUCUUUCUUGAUCAAUGCAGAAAUUGUUGAAAUAUUCAUGGUGGAUACAACUCCAUUUGUUAAAGACUACUUCGUAGAAACUGAGCAUACCUAUGAUUGGCGCAAUGUAAUGCCUCAAAAGACAUAUACAGAAAACGUAUUAAAAGAUCUUGAGAAUGCAUUAAGUGAAUCAACAGCAAAAUGGAAAAUAGCAGUGGGUCAUCAUGCCAUUAGAAGUGUGGGACAUCACGGGGACACUAAUGAACUUGUGGACAGGCUUCUUCCUAUCCUUAGGGCGUACGAUGUUGAUCUAUACAUGAACGGGCACGAUCAUUGUCUUGAGCACAUCAGUGAUAGCGAAAGUCCUAUCCAGUUUUUAACGAGUGGAGCAGGAUCAAAGGCAUGGAGGGGAGAUGUGAAGGGCUUGAACAGAGAAGGGAUGAAUUUCUUCUAUGAUGGACAAGGUUUCAUGUCUGUCCAAUUGACACCAACUCAUGUAGAGAUGGAGUUCUAUGAUGUUUUUGGCAAGGUUUUACAUAAAUGGAAUAGGUCUAAGCAACUCCUUCACACGGCUAUUUAGAUUUUCUUUUUCUCUUUUGUGAGAAAUGUUGAGGAUAGAUUGCGGUAGAGUACUCGAUUUUCAAGUAUAGUUAAUUUUUUUUUUUUUGGUGAUUGGUAGAGUAAUAGUCCAUAUUUUCAACUUUAUUGAUCCUAAAGGGGAAUGAACGGUAAAGUAGCAUGUCGUAUCUAAUGAGAACUUUUGAGAAUUCAA